CUACCAUUAUGAUUUCUCGCACGCUAUCCGUUCUUGGACAUUGGUCAUGACGUCACUGAUCGGUUUCUGGGGAAACUAUGUAAAUCAAAAAAAAUGGCUGCUGAGAAAACUAAAGGAAAAAGGAUCGAUUCAUUGGCACGUCCUAAACCCGUUACAGCUCAAUUUAUUGAUGAUCAUCGUUCAGUUUAUUGGAAAAACAAUAUAUCUAAAGACUGGGAUAAAAGUGAUAAAGCCACAAAAUUUGCCCUGUCAGAAAGAUUAGAGCAGUUAGUUUUGCCUAAGCCAGUGCAUAAAGAGUGGCAGGGGGAUAGGCCCUCACCUAUGUGGUUAGUGAAUAAAUCUGCUUUAAAGGCUCAGCCAUCGGAGAGAUUGAUCUCUUUAUCAUCAGCAAAGCAACACCAUCGCGAGUUUCAAGAUGUUAAGCCUGUAUAUACUGUAGUAAGCAAGGCUGCUAAGAAUGCGACAGCGAGUCAACGUGUUGAGAUGUUAGCUCAUCCAAAACAAUAUACAGAGUUGGCAAUUAAACCAGACAGUGGUUGGGAUUAUAGCGAAUGGGCUUCAGAUGUUUCUCAAGCUGCUUUGAAAUACGAGCCCUCUGGUAGAAUUUUACAAUUAGCCACACCUAAAGAUCUAAACAAGGGUUACGAAGAAUGUCGUCCAGUAAUGUGGCCAGUGACAAGGGCUGCUAAAAAAGCUCUACCCAGUAUACGCGUACAACAAUUAUCUAGACCGAAGAGUCGAAGUCAGUAUAAAGAAGAUUACGACUGUAAUUGGUGGAAAGUCGCACCCGGUGCAAAAAAGGCCCACGCUUCGCCUCGUAUUGAAGAACUAAGCACACCUUUGCCAAGAAAGAUAAGAUUGAAAAAACAGGGGGGUGUAAAAAGUUAACCUUUUAUAUAACCUUGAUAUAUGCUUUUAUUUAAUAUGUACAUCGUAUUUUUUAAUAUGUAUAUUUUUUUAAUUUUAUAUGAUUUUAAAUGAUUACAAUGGAAUAAUAUUAUUACAUAUU